AUGGCUGCUCCUAAAAUAACCUUAUAUUUCGACAUUGGCAGUCCCUUUGCCUGGAUUGCGUUCCAUGCUUUGAAAACGUCCCCUGUCUUUGCAAAAUGUGACAUUGAAUAUGUUCCCGUCUCCGUGCGAGGACUGUUCCAGUUGUGCAAGAACACGCCCCCUUUGGCUGUCAAGAACAAGGCCCAAUGGUUGAAUCAAGAACGCAUUUACUGGGCUCGUCGCUUCCAUGUUCCCAUGUCCGAAGCGCUCCCAGAAGCAUUUCCAGCGUCCACUUCGGAGGUCCAGCUUGCUCUAUGCCUUGUGGCUAAACAAUGCCCCGAUAAGAUUAUCCCCAUCAUGGAUAAGAUCUAUCGUGGCUUCUGGGAAGAGGGUGACGCGAAUGUCCUCACUCAGCCCGGUUUCUCUCCUAUCUUUGAAAGUGAACUUGGGCCCGAAAACGCUAAGCGGAUCAUGGAUGAGUUCAAAAGUACCGAGACAAAAGACAUUUUGGAUGAAAACACACAACAGGUCGUCAACUCCGGCGGCUUUGGUUUGCCUUGGUUUGAUUGCAUAGAUGCACAGGGGUCAAAGGAAAGCUUCUGGGGAAUUGAUCAUUUGGGACGUCUUGUGGAUUUUUUGCAACUAGAUGCAAACCUAGACAAGUCUUUCCGCGUCUUACUCUAG